GCGAUGAAACUACAACUCAAAGUGACUAUAGUCACUUUGCUAGAACUAAUGCUGUAUCCUUGAUAAGACAAUCAUAUGGCGAACGACGGCCUCUCGACCUGAAACAGCCACGGUACUCUGAGGAGAAUUAGACUAAUGUUAGAAUGUUACACAUUCAGACAUUGGAGUUCAGUUCAGGAAAAAACUCGUUCCUUGACUCGUUUUCCAGUUUUCUGAGGUUUGGUUGCGAAAUUAAGGUCAUUUUUUGGUAUUUUUUAAGUUGAUAGCAGCCAAAAAAAAAGACAGAAUAUUUUUUUAAUUUUGAAUUGGACUAGGCUUAUAUAAGUGUUUUUCAUGUCAAAAGUCUGAAAGUAGCACAAUGUCUACACAAAUGAACCAACGGAAUUUUAAUUCGACAGUGCAAGAGACUUUAAAAAGGCUUGAUAUAUUUUUCGUCUCUCAGAGCACUCUUGCUGCCAGUAAUAUGUAUGCCGAUAAAGAUGCUUUGAUAGCUCAUGUCGACCAAGUUUUGUUUACACCAAAGGAAACAAAAAAGAGCAAAAACUCUCAUCUGAAUGAGCUUGAUUUAGCAAACGAAAUUUGUACUUUUUGUUCGAGGCAGAAAACUGAGUAUGUAAGAUAUUGUGUUUUUGAUACUCUAUUUUCAAUGACAAGGUCAACAGCUAAGGAUUACAGGCGUCAAAUACUUGUUAUAAGCACUUCAUUAGCAAUUGCCUUAAAAUUAUCAGCUGUAUUAGAAUGUGCAGCACUGUGGCUUGCUACGACAACAAAAGAACAUGCAAUAUAUGUGGCUUCUCAACUAGAAGAAGAUUUCUGCUCAGUUAUGCCUGAGAGUUCAUCAGAAGUAAAAUUGUGCAAUACAAUAUGUGAAAAAUUUUGCUGCAUGUUGAUGACAGUAUAUUGCACGAAAUAUACAAUGAAAGACCCGAGUAACGAUGUUAACAAAGUUGUGUCAUAUCCAUCACAAAUUCUACUUGAUAUCAUACAACAUUGGGUAUCACAAAAUCCUAAAAUAUGCUUUUGCGUAAUUCAAAAAGUAGAUCAGCUUUGGCACACUGUGUUGACAACAACUCGCACAGCAAAAAACUCUAUAUCACUAUCUCCACUUGCCGGAUUAAUUCAGUGGUGUGCGAAACUUCCAUUUGCUCCAGAGAUUGAAACAGAGCAAAGGAGCACAUUUGUUAAAGAAGAAUAUACAAAGCUUCAAUCCAGGCUGCAUUUCGGAGUUCUUACUGCUAUAUUAUCAUCUCAAGAUUGCUUGAAAGUCAUGCAGCAGGGGGUUCUCGGCAAGGAAAGCGAUUUUCAAUUGUGGGGAAAAUCAGAUGCCCAUUUACUGGUUGGAAGUUUGCUUGCUUAUGGAGCUGAUAGCCCAGAUCCAAAGAACAUUACUCUGUCAAUUGACAGAUUUUCACAAAUAUCCCAAAUUGCUAUGACUUCCCAUAUUCUCACAAUUACAAAAGAACAAUUCCAGAGUUUAACUGAUCCACUUCCUAAAACAAAACUUUUAGAGAUUGUUGCUUAUGGACCUGAGAGAAAGCCAUCCAUAGAUGAUGUUCACAUGAGUUAAUGGUGAAGUUGUGACUAACUACAUAGCUGUGUUUCGGUUUUCAUAUUAUCGUUUUUACCCUAUUUUCAUAAAUCACAGUAUCGGUAAUAGUAUUUUAUAUUUUAAUUACAUGUUCUUCUGGGGUCAGUAGUGAAACUAGUGGAUAGGAUUUACAUAUUUAUCCCAGGGGAGAGAAAGCCGAUGAGACGGCUCAAUCAUAUGACCUCUCGUCCGAUUACCAGUCCAUGUCGGGUAUGGGAUUACUUUGCCAGUUAUUUGUUUUCGGAAGCAUGGACUUGAUGGUGGAGGAAGUCGUAACUGACCAGCGGUUACAUGAACCACCCUACGGCGGCGAGGAGUCCAGCAAUCCUCUCACUCUUAACCAUCCCAUAUGCCGCCAGGUCGUUCUAUAUAUGUUCUAACCAAUGUCCCAGAAGCUGUGAAAAUUUCCAGUAAAUUAUUGUACUAAUAAUAGUUUCAAUAUUAUGGGUAUGAGUAACAGAACUUGAUAGCAGAAUUUUUAGCUUGGUCACUUUGUUA